AUGUCUUCUGAAGAAAAUACAGCGAACAAUGUAGCUGCUACAACAGCUGCAUUAGCAACAGCGGGAACAGUCGCGUAUGCCACAAACACUGCAGGGGCAGUAGCCGGGAUUCUCGGCUUUAGUGCUCCUGGGAUAACAGCAGGAUCUACUGCAGCCGGAAUGAUGAGUGCUGCAGCGACUAGUGGUAUUGGAGGAGGUGUAAUCUCAUUUCUUCAAAGUGUGGGUGCUCACUUCGCUCUAGCUACAGGAGGAGGAUUCUUAGCGACCACAGCUGCCAUUGCUGCUCCAAUCGCAGCAGGAAUUGGACUAUAUUCGUUGCUAUCUAGCAGUUCUACAACCGAGGAUCAAAAGAAAAAGACAAAGAAAGAUGGUACCGGACCAAGUGGCCAAGAAUAAAGGUAACAUAUAUGUCAAAAUGUUUGUUUUAGUCUGGUACUGUAGUUAGGUUAAUUUAUUAUGCUUCAUCUUUAAAAAAUCCCCGCAUAAAACAGUAAAAGUGUUAUAUGUCGUACAGUAUACGCUAUUAUUAGUUUAUGUCUUCUGAAGAAAACAAAAAUUCUAAAAGUACAACUGCUACAAAAGUUGCAAUAGCAACAGCGGGAGUAACCGCGUAUGUUACCAACGCCGCAGGAGCAGUAGCCGGAAUUCUCGGCUUUAGUGUUCCUGGGAUAACAGCAGGAUCUACUGCAGCCGGAAUGAUGAGUGCUGCAGCGACUAGUGGUAUUGGAGGAGGUGUAAUAUCGACUCUUCAAAGUGUGGGUGCUCACUUCGCUCUAGCUACAGGAGGAGGAUUCUUAGCGACCACAGCUGCCAUUGCUGCUCCAAUCGCAGUAGGAAUUGGUGUGUAUAAGUAUUACACUUAUGAUCCUACUGAGAAAGCAAACAAGCCUUCUCGUCCCACUGGGAAAGUUUAAAGAGUUGAUU